UAAUACGUGGUUGUCUUCAUUAGAACUUAUAGGUCUUCUAGGUUGUCUGCAAAUACUAGGGUAUCAUAUGCAUGCAAAAUAAUAAUAGUUAAAUCUCUCUUAAAGAUAUGACCAAACAAAUUCUUGUUUUUCAGACAAUCAGUUUCCAAUUGAUAAAUGUAAGGUGUAUCAAGACCAUCCUCUAUUAGAGGAAAAUCUUCUACUUUCCCUUUUUAAACGAUUAGACAUUUUGAACGCUUACAGUCCUCUACAUCAAGAGACUCUGGUAAAUGCAGAUGAUGAAUCCGAUGAAGAUGAGUGCUGUGCCUUGUCGAAACACUGGACCUAUCAACGUGAUACCAAGCGAUGGUCUAGAACUAGUUUCCAACCAGCUCCAGAACAUUCCAGUGAUAACGUUGCAGAGCAAUCGUCCUUAACAAAUGAAGAGGCUUCAAAUAGAGAUGUAGUAGUUCCAAGACAACCAAGAGCAAGCACAAAAGAAUCUCCUGCAAAGAGAGAAAGAAUCAAACAUCGCCACAGCUAUCACACACCAGCAUCAGGGUUUGACGUAUCUCAAAAGACCUUGGUGGGUACACGCACCUCACUGAAACCAGUAAAAGAUAGGCAUCCCAGGACUUUGUCUCUGGAUAAUCUUGGAGAUGAGUGGUCUUUACAUAGCGUCGUCGAUGAAAUACUACCAAGAGUACCAUCUCACGAAGGAGCUGGCCAUAAACUUGAUGUACCUGAAAAAUACGUCGAAUUUGAAGUCAAAGAACCAUACAUAUACCAAUUAUGUGCUAAUCAACUACAAAUCUUGAGAAAGUUAGCUUUGUUGAAGUUGACUUCUCAUAUGGAAAAAUACUGUCCUGGGAACUGGGAUCUGUCGAAGUUAUUCAAAAAGAAUAAGCCUCCGCACUAUAAUGAUAAAAACAUUUUUGGAGCACCAUUGGCAAUAAUCUUUCGAAGAACUGGAAAAUUUUUACCUGUUCAAAUAGAAGAAGCCAUGCUAUGGCUUGAAGAAAAGGCCUCGGACGAGGUAGGGAUAUUUAGAACAUCGGGUGUAAACUCCCGAAUCCAAGAGUUAAAGGACAAAAUAGAAGCAAAUCAAAGAAUUAAGUAUCGUGAUCAACAUUAUAACGAUGUUACCAGCAUGUUCAAGCUGUACUUCAAAGAGAUACCUGGAAAACUGCUAACGAGUAAAUUAUCCGAGACAUUCAUUUUAAUAUUUCAGUAUAUCCCAAAACACUUGCGCAUGGAAUCGGUCAUCUGUGCACUUCUUCUUCUUCCCGAAGAACACUCUCAAGUAUUCCAGGCUUUGUUAUACUUUCUAUUGAAUAUAGCGAGCAAAUCAGAGCAAAACCAAAUGACUGAGCUCAAUUUGACACUCUGCUGGGCGCCUUCACUGUUCGAUUUUUCGUCCAUUGUCCAAAAAUCCCAAGAAGAAGCAAGAGGUUCGUCUGAUUCAAAAGAAUUGGCAGAAAAUAAAGCAGCACAGGAAUGUUUGUUGUUCUGUCUUCAAUAUUUCCAUAAAUUAUUUAAGAUUCCGCGUCGUUUUAUCAACCAGUGCACCUCACGUGAGAUGAAAGAGAUAAAGCCGAAAUUAUUUACUGACAUAGGAGACGAUAAGGAAGGCUGGAGAGAAUAUUUAAUAGAAUGCCAUAGUAACUUAAUAAAAGAAUCAAAAGGCUGGAAAGAAAUAUCCCCACUAUGUAAAAAUUCAAAAAUUUCUAUCUUCUACAAAAAAGCAUCAGAUGGGUUGCCCUUGAGAUUCUGGAAAGUUUCAGCAGAACUGGACGCACCUCCUUCAGAAGUUAAGAACAGAAUCCUUAGAGAACGUCACAUUUGGGAUCCAGAUCUUCUCGCAGCGAAAAUAAUUAAACAGUUAGGCAGCCAGACUGAAAUAUUUCAGUAUAUAAGGAAGAGUGUCAUACCCAUACCGACGCUAAUACUCGGUCUAAAUGACCCGAAUUCCGAGUCCCAAAUCCGACCCAUACCGAAUGAAGAAUACUGUGUGAUACGAACAUGGAAGUCAGAUCUGAGCACAGAUUCUUGUACUAUAGUAGAAACUUCCGUCGAAUAUCCCGAAAGAUUGAAAGUACCAAAUACAUUUCACAGUAUUGUAUUGGCUUCUAAGUACAUUAUUGAACCAUAUGGAUCUGGAAAAUCCAAAAUUAUUCACUUUUCCAGAGUGGACAUCAUGGGAAGAAGUCCAGGCUGGUACCACAAAAAUUACGGAUAUCUAUGUGGAUUCUUUAUAGAGAAUUUACAAACCUCCUUUCACCAAAAUGCAAACGGCUAGAGAACCAAAUAUGAAUCACAAAGACUGUUAAAUAAUUUAUUAUUUUUAUAACAAAAUUUAUAAUACAUAGUUUGAAGUAAACUAUAUACAUUAUAUACUUUUAUAUAUGAUAAAUAAAUAUCUAUUUAUUGUUACUUUUA